GCAUAAAGGUUUUAUCGUACUAUCCAGUGUGUACCCUUUGUAUUAGUUCAAUGCACAGCACCUGUGCCUUCCUUAUGCCUGAGAGUCUAGCUCUUUGCGAACGCUUUCACUGAUUUAACGACAUGUAUGAUAGUCGCUCUGUACGCUAUGGCAUUUAGCCAAAGGGAGCUGGCGUGAGAGCCCGGCACGCACCUUAAUGCUGCAUAGCGAGGCGAAGAUUGUUUUGGACGCACUAUGCGGUGUGGCCAUGGAGGCCUACCGCUAAUUCUGCUAUGUUUGGUGGGCUGCGCUGCUGGGCUGCACCACUACAACACCGAGCAGGACUCGGGAUUCGUCACCAGCACCUCUGGGGCAGGGUUUGAACAUGAACAGACGCGAUUUCUAAGAUUUGAUGGUUACCUUCUACAGCUUGGCCUGGGCUCCAACAAGUAUUACUUCUUGCAACCCAUAGACUUGCCACGCUUGCCAUCGCGUCCGGCAAAUGUCGCCGAAGCCAAUGCUUCUAACGGUUCCGACAUUGGCUCCGACCCGAGCAGCACAAGCAUUUGGACUUCAAACCCAGAAAGCCCUCCUGUUGGCGCGUCAACAAGCGGAGCGUCUGCCAGCCUCCUGUCGGUAGCUGGACCAGCAGCAUUGCUGUCGCUACCCCGCCGCUUGCCCCUAGAUGUCUCCCGCCUUGCGGCUUCAGGCAUGGCCCCCCCACCGGGUCAGCUGCCCAAGCCUGGAUCGCUGGUUAGGGUCCUGGCUGAACUGCACGUGCCAGGAAGCGCAGCGCAAACGCAAAUGCCCAACCUGAACCACCCAAGGGACGACCAAAAGACAUCGCUGGUGGACCUAACAGAGCUGCAAGCCGCUGCGGAAGGGGCAACAGGAGCGACCUCAGCUCAUCCUGCAUAUGGGUCGGCGGGGACGGCCCCCGCAGCAGUGGUAGCCGCGGUGGUGGCUCAGCUGGCCCAGAUGGCCCGCAGCGGUGCCCAUCUGAGCGUGCUUUCGUUGACGGAGGUGAAACCAUGGCGGGCCAGGACGUCCCAGGGUUCUUCGCCUGCCGCCGCCGACGCUGACGCGUCGACAUGGCGUCGUGAAUUGACGGGCUUCGGUGUCCGUACGGCUGCCUUGUCCCUUUCACCUCCCUCCCCUUUCCCUCCCCCUCCUCCUCCUCCUCCUCGCCCUCACUCACCCCCGCCGCCGCCGCCUCCUCCUGUUCCCUCGCCCCCAACGCCGCCACCGCUACCGCCACCUCCCUCCCCACCCCCACUGCCACCCCCAUCGUCACCACCUCUGCCUGGACCACCCUCCCCUCCGCCACCCUCUUCCUCCACGCCUCCCUCGCCGCCGCCAACUGCUCCUCCCUACCCGCCUCCCCCUCCCCCUCAUUCGCCACCUUCCAACCCACCCUCGCCUGAGCCUGAGCCUCCGCUGCUACCCCCGGCGUCUGCCCCCAAGCCACCACCUCCGACCGUACGGCGCCCCAGAGCGCCGCGACCUCCUCCUCCCGCAGGGUCGCCUCUCGCACCUGCCGCGCCCCCGCCGUCUCCAUUCCUGUCACCUCCCCCUGAGCCCUCACCUCCGCCGCCCAAGCCCCCACCACCGCCUCCAAAGCCUCCGCCGCCCCCUUCUAAGCCCUCACCGCCUCCCCCAAAGCCUUCACCGCUCCCUCCCAAGCCAGCUGCUUUCCCUCCACCCAAGUCCGCGUCCUCUCCCCCCAAGCAAGCGCCUUCACCUACCAUGCCCCCUCCUCCCAAACCCGCACCCCCACCCCCACCACCACCGAAACCCGCACCUCCUCCCCCAAGGUCGCCUCGUCCGCCCCUGCCACCCCCACGUCGACCUCCUGCGCCGCCGCCUCCCAAGCCCUCGCCGCCGCCUCCCAAACCCUCGCCGCCGCCCCCCAGACCCUCGCCGCCCCCCCCCAAGCCCGCACCGCCGCCUCCCAAAUCCCCAUCACCGCCCCCACCACCGCCUUCACCUAAGCCCACACCACCGCCUCCGAAACCCGCGCCUCCACCACCCAAGCUAGCAGCUCCUCCGCCCAAGCUUCCUUCCCCGCCACCUAAGUCGACUCCUCCAUCUCCAAAACCCGCUCCUCCUCCUUCAAAACCUGCACUGCCACCACCCAGGCAGGCUCCUUCGCCGCCCAGACUCGCGCCCCCACCUGCCAAAGCCGCUUCUCCACCCCCAAAAGCCUCCACCCCACCUCCGAAAGCCACAACCCCGCCUCCCCUCAAGCUUACCCCUCCAUCCCCAAAGCUCGUCCCGCCGCCACGCUCACCUGCACCACCACCACCACCCUCUUCUCAUCCACCUUCCCCGCCUCCUCCUCCUCCUCCUUCCCCGCCGUCUCCUCCUUCGCCCCCGGUAUUCGAUCCUGUGAGCUACUUCUCCCGGGCAGAGGUCGCCCAUGGCGGGGAGCUGUCGACACUGUUCAUCAUCAUUGACCUCUGCGGGCAGGGAGGUGGACCCUCCAUUACCAAGGAGGACCUGGAGGCCCUGCUCUUCGAGCCGCCCGCAACCCCACCAGGCAGCAGCGGCAGCGGCGGUGGAAGCACAGCCACAGCAGUCGACGAUGUGCCGUACUACAUCGGUUCCACUCUGAUCGACGAGCCUCUCGCCGCCAAUCUGACGUUGCAAAAGUAUGUGGACACGUGUUCCCAGGGGGUUGCACGGCUGAGCCGGGUCAACUCCCGAGUGGCAGGGCCGUACACCCUGCCAUGCAGCUACACAGCGCCGCCGUCGCCCUCCCCGCCGCCGUCAGCGGCGGCGGCAGCACCCGCCGGCGGCGGAGGCGACUCCGGCGUCAGUCCGCCGCCGGCUGCUGACGUCGUCGGCAACCCUGUUUCCGACGCCAUCGGCGGCGGCGGCAACGGCGUCAGCAGCGGCAUCGUCAACUCCGAUGGCAACAGCUCCAGCGGCGGCGGGGCCGGCCACAGCUGGACGUCUGCGGGUUGCGGUGUCGGCGACCUGCUGGGGUGGGCUGAGGCGGCGGCUGCCGCCGCCGCCGCUGACGGCAUCGACCUCACGCGCUACUCGCACCGCAUGAUGGUACUGCCUAAGGACAUGAAGUCCUGGGGGGGUCCUGGCUGCAAUUGGACUGGGCUAGCAACCUUGGGCCCGGCGGAGGUGCACCGGGACGGUUCGUACGCUGCGGGUUUCGCAUGGAUUGCGGGUGACCAUGCAUCCGACCUCAUGCCGUACCUUCAUGAGCUGGCACAUAACUUGUGGCUGGGUCAUGCGGGUCUUGGGACGUGUGAGGAGUGCGAUUGGUCUUGUGUCAUGGGUCUGUGCUGCCGGGUUCGCUGCUUCAAUGCGCCGCAUGCAUGGCAGUUGGGAUGGUCGGUGCCGACUCCGGAAAGGGUGCUGACGGCGGCGACGCUGCCUCUGGGAUUGAAGCGGAGGUUUCUGCUGCCGGCGGCGCAGCGGGAGCGGGAGAGCCUGUUGGUCGUGCAUGCAGACUGGGUGAACAAGACGGAGACGGUGACGGGGAGUUCUGGGGAGGUGGCGGAGGUGCCGGCACCCACGCCCACGUUGUUCCUGAGCUAUCGCCCCAGGAACGCGCCGUACGACAGUUCCUUUCCAAGUAAAUUCGUUGACGGCGUUACCGUACAUUCGUACGGCGGCUCAAGUCCGCGCGAUUCGGAGGCGACCUGGAUUCUGGCGCGCAUCCUGGCGCAAGGUGUUUGGAUGGAUCGGGACCCCUCGCAACCGCCGCCGCCAGCGGCGGCGGCGGCGGCUGGUCAGCUGGACUGGCCGCAGGACGACUGGUGGUUCCUGGACGGGGGGCAACCUCCGCCGCCGUCGCCGCCAUCACCAACUGUAUCUCCGCCAAUCACCAGUUGGGGCGGGUUGGACGGCGCAGGGUUCAGAGAUUCCGGGCUGCUGGUGUACGUGGUGUUUGCGAACGGAACGCAUGCGGAGGUGGAGGUAUGUCGGGGCUGCGACUUGCCGCAGAUAACGCCCGUCGCCCCGCCGCCAGCCGGCCCCAGGCAAGCGCCAUGGGUCAUCGGCUUUUCCCCGCCGCCGCCGCCACCUCCGCCACCCCAGACUGCGUCACCGUCACCACCACCACCACCGCCGUCGCCUCCGCCUAGCUGGCCGUCUGGUGCUCCGCCGGUAGUCCGACCAGCCCGGCACCGUCCGCCGCAGGCGUUGCCGCCGCCGCCAGCGGAAACGACGUCAGCUCCGCCGCCGCCGCACGACGACGACGUUACGGCAUCGCCGCCAGGAUGGCAGCCCUUGUAUCCAGGCUUGGCGCCUCCGCCGUCCGAUGAUGUGCCGGAGUCCCCGCCCUCGCCGCCUUCCGUGCCGCCGCCCGAUGCUCAUUUACCGCCGCCGCCGCCGCCGCCGCCGCCUCACCCGCCGCCUCCGCCGCCGCAGCCGCCGUUAGCGCCACAGUCGCCUGCAACACCUCCCAUCCUGCCGCCGCCGCCGCCAACGCCGACGCCAGCUAUCCCGCUGCGAAAGAGGAAGCCGCCGCCGCCACGGCCGCCGCCGCCGCCCGUGCCGCCGCUCCCACCCAGCCAACCACCCUUGCCACUGCCGCCGCCACCUCGGCAGCGGCCCACGCAGAAGCAGCCGCCGCCGCCGCCUGCGCAACCAAUAUUCAACCCACCACCACCACCACCUCCCAGCCAACCAUCAUCGCCGCCGCCGCCAGGCCUCCCUCCGCCGCCGUCGCCAAAUCCGCCUCAUCCGCCGCCGUCACCCGCACCCUCCCAGCCUCAGCAAUUGGCGGGACGGAUUCAGCAGCAGCAGCAGCAGCCAACGGCGGCAACCACCGCUCUAUUAAGACCGCCGGCGAGAUCGCCCAGCGGAGCACCUCCACCGGACGAACAGCCGCCGCCGCCGCAACCGCCGCCGAAGCGACGUGCUUCGAGGCCCGUUUACUGAGUUGCGUGGAGUUCCUACAAGUAUGGGGCCAGCAGGUUGACUGCAUGGCUGCAGUUGCAGACUGGAGGCCCGAGCGCGAAAUGCUGGAUAGCAGACCGCUUGGAUGUGGAUGUGUAGGGGUGGGCAGGCUUUGGGGUCCUUGGGCUGUGGUGGCAGUAAUGGGGUUUUCAGCGCUGUUGUUUCUUGUGUUGUGCAAUUGUUGAAAGGAGAAAGGGGAAAGAGAAGAGGUAAGGUGGGUAGUUAGGAAAGAGAGAGAAGGGCGGGAGCCGGAAGAUGGGCGGGAAGAGUUGUUGCAAAGAGAAUGGUCGUUGGGUGUGGCGAUUGGGUGUGUGGUUGCCGCAACGGCGACACAUAGUGUGUUGUUCCUGAGCCGGCACCGUACGUGCAUUGCUGCCGUGGUAUUUACGGCAUUCUAGGUAGUGGUGCUGGUGAUAGUAAUACAUCAAGUGUGUGGGUGUGGGUGUUUGCGUGUGUUUGUUUCUUUGCGCACGUGGAAUACGAAACAAACAAGUUGUUCUCAUCCAAAGCUCGUAGGAAAAAGAAAAAGGUAUAGUUUUGGGGCACAUUAAUGCCAUGAGUUUACAGGACGUUUGGCUGUCACUGAUUGACAUUCUACUGGGCAUUUAUGAUUGGGACGGAUCUACUAACUGCACAUAUGGGCGUGCUCCUAUUACCUAGCUCUUUUCCCUCGUCCUUCCCCGAAUCAGGGGUUAAGGGCAGCAGGUGGGGUUUGGAGUGGGCAAGGGAAUACCCCGAAACAGGGGCGGCCCUCGUCGACUCGUGUUGCUGCAUAUCAUGCCCAACCCCACCCCUGGGUGCCCGGCUGCCGGCCAAGGGCCGCGCAGCUCUGCAGGGGUGGUUGUUGUGCACUGAGUGUUGGUUAUCUAGAGUUGGUUGGUCUUGAUGACUCGACACAUGAGCCUUGUAUGUAGCGUGCGAUGCCUACGUGCCCUGGUACGGUAUUAAUGCUGGUGCUUGGUUUUGCUGUGUCUGUGUCGAGCAUGGCGGCUCAUUGCUGAGAGAGCUAUGCCUACUAUGCAAAGUUGCGGGUGAGUAUGUGGUUUUGCUGAAGUGUGCGGGAUAGCCUUGGAUGGAAACCCUGGCGGUUGGGUUGGUUGGUUGCUGGGGGUGCUGCGCGAUGGGUGUGUGUGGUGGUAUCUUAUCGUGCGGCUUAAGAGGAGGAGGAGGAGGAGGAGGAUGUAAAGAGGAAACUACUAACAGAGGAGGUGGGGAAUUAGCAUGACGCAUGGUGCCGGCUGUGGCUGAAAGCAAGGCUACUGUUGAUGUGCUUUGCAUGGCAUGACCUGAGUUGAGUUGUGGAUUUUUGCAGGCGGUAGGCUAUAGAGUUUGCCGGGGUAGGCGGCGUAAACUGCAUCGCGCUGCGGUUGCUGGUUUGCGAGAAAUGGAGUUGCGGCACGCGCCGUACAUCGCGGGUGCCGUUUCUCAGGCUCUCCAGAGGCAUGGUCUGGACUGGGGUUUCAUGUCAGAGCAAUGUCAGAAGUCCGUUUGAUUGGUAAACAGAGUUACAAAGCCGCCAAACGACUGCACGUGCGUGAUUGGAGGCGCACCGGAUGUGAUUGGAGGCAACCCGCUGCUGCGGAAAAGCUGCAAACGCCAAAUGCGAUAGGGCCUUCGUCACAUGCAUGGCUGUAUGGGUGCGUUGGGCUGGAGUGGCUUUGCUAUAGCAGUUGUGCCUGGUUAUUUAACUGUGCUGGUAACAGCUGUCUUCCGAUGUUGGUGUUAAUGAAGGGCCUAGAGGGCCCAGAGCUGCGGCUGUCACCGGAGGAGGAGGCUGAAAGCUCCUGUGCUGAGGCGAGCCGCGAGGCUGGGCAUGCAGUUACGGUACGACAAGCACUUACACCGGCGCGUCGUACGACGGUUGUGAUCUUUUCUGACAACUAGUCUGACAACCAGCCUGUUGUUGCCUUUGGUUUGGGAACGUCGGUCGGUUUACUAGCAGCACUCAUCCCUCAGUGGACCAUCAUUAACAAUUUAUGUGUGAGCUUUAGUGUUUCACGUUGAAUGAGAAGAUACAGUUCCCGGCUGACGAGGCGAGUCCUGUGUCAAGGGCCAAACGUCGCGAGCCGCUGCAUGGGGCCCUGCUGGGGCGGGAGUCUCCGACAAGGGGACAGUGGGGCGGGAGUCUAUAUAACCCAACUACAUAACCCAGCAGCUGCCCAGAAGCUGCGCUUACAGUACUCUGAAAGGGACAUAGAACUAUUACUUUUGCUGAGGAGGACUGUCGAUAUAACCCUUAGCAUCCAACUAACCCUAUGUAACAAAUGUACCGGGUAC